CAGGCACUUGGUCUAGGAGACCAACUGCUGCUCAGUUACAGCAGCCUGCAACUUAACUCGGAAAAACCAAGCCAGGAUUCAAUGUAACUGCUGCCAAACACCAGGAGUUCUACAACAACCAGACACCACAGUGCCACUGGAGCUGAUCAUGUUCUGUGUGACUUGUUCAAGGACCCUGGAGAUCAAUGAGCAGCCAUUAUCCUUAGCAAUCCUCUCAAUGCUCCAAGUGGAGGUGAAUCAGCUAAUCGCCUUGUUAUAGACGAUAGAAUCAACGUCACUGUGAGGACGAUGGGUGGGAAGCAAUCUCGCAGUUUUUCCAACAAGGAGCUGAAUGAGGUGAAUAUGAGUCAACGGAGGAAGAGUGUUUUUAGAGACGACCAGCCCAGCCUAUCCUCGGCUGCUGAGAGGAUCCGUAGACACGCUACGGUGCACUUUGGUUACAGCACCCUGAGUCUAGCCAUGCGGGGGCUUGAUGAGACCCCAGCUGAGCUGUGGGAACUCAGAGAGCUUCAGAAGCUAAACUUGUCCAUGAACUGCCUGUGCUCUCUGCCUCCUGCCCUCAGUGCUCUGGACAAUCUGGUGAUCCUCAACCUGUGGGGCAACAACCUGUCUAGACUCCCACCAGAGAUUGGUCUCCUGAAGAAGCUGCGCGUGCUCUUUGCUUGUCGCAACCGCCUGAGUGAAGUUCCUGAGGAGCUGGGCUCCUGCACCUGUCUGGAGGUGCUCAGUCUGGCUAACAACCAGAUCACAGGCCUCCCUGGCAGCUUGGCAGCCAUGCACAAUCUGACUAAACUCAACCUUAGCCACAACCGCAUCUCUCACAUCCCCACCUGUGUCUACAGCAUGAAGGGUCUGGUCUUCCUCCACCUGGCCUGCAACCGUCUGGAGACGAUUGCGGACCAGAUCCAGGACUUGGUUAACCUGAAGAUCCUCAUCGUGGAGGGAAACAGUAUCCACACCCUGCCCAAGACUCUGUGUUUUCUUGAGUCUUUAGAACUCCUCAAUGUUGACUUCAAUGACCUACAAAGUGUACCAGUAGAAAUGUAUUUACUGAGCAGGCUCAGGAGGUUGGCAUGCCACCCGCUGGAUAAAGGACUUCAUAUUAUCCACAAUCCCCUCCUCAAGCCCAUUCAGGAGGUGCUGCAAGGAGGACUUAGCGCCCUCUAUAACUACCUCAAACCCACGUGAGGGACUAACACUGUGUGUAUGUGUGUGUGUCUAAAAGACUGUGUCGUAAUGAGACUUUGGCACAAAUAUGACCCCUGGCACGUGGCAGUCAUGCUCUAAGUCCCCUGUUACCACAGACUGACUGACAAAGAUAUUAUGACUCAAGACAGAUCGCUGUUACUCAGUGUUAAUAUUACAGGAUAUCUUCUGACUGACUGACAGAUUUAAGUUUUUUUAAUGUAAUAUAGAAGUUUGGAUAUAAAUAAAGAACUAGUAACUGCUGUGUGAUGUCUAAA